AUAGCAUCAUGAAAAAUAUUAAGAAUUCCGUGAUAAUAUUUCUACAUCGUAAAGGUAGAACAUUACUAAAAGUCCUAGCAGUGGUGCUAUUCGUUUAUUUCAUCUCCCGGAAAUUUCAUUGCAUGGUCUUUAGACUAGAAAAUGCAGUUUGCAUUUCGAUCACAGGACGUAUGGCCAAUGCUAUGUUCCAGGAGGCCUUUCUUUAUUCAUUUUCAAAAAAGAGGCAUAACUCUGAAGUAGUAUUUAGCAGUGAAAACCCUCUUGCUGACAUAUUUACCUUAGACGGUUUGAACUGGAGGUACGAUAAUACAUAUUCUUGCUCGUGUUAUUCUCUGUACCAGGAUAAAUGGAACUGCGCCUAUGAUGAAUCGUUAGAAAAUCUCAAACUUCCUCUGCAAGUCUGGGGAUUUUUUCAGUCUUGGAAAUAUUUCAAAGGUGAUGAAGAGGAAAUUCGCAGAAUGUUUACCUUUCAACCCCGUCUACAAAAAGCAGCCAAGGAUCAACUGGAAACCAUAGUUGCUUCUUUUGCAAACAAAGGGGUGACUGAGAAGACCGUUCUAGUAGGGGUCCAUGUACGAAGAGGAGAUUACGUGAACAAAAAAGAAUAUUUCUUUAUAGACUACGGUUACAAUGUGGCCACUGAAGCCUAUAUUCAUAAUGCCAUAACCUUUUUUCAAGAAAAAUAUCAAGAUGUUCUCUUUAUUGUGUGUGGUAAUGGCGUCGCGUGGGCUCGAGAGGUUAUGAAGAGUUAUGAAAGGGUCCACUUUGUGAACGAUAUCUCUCCCCCACGAGACAUGGCCCUGCUUACUAGGACCCACCACACUAUAAUGACGGUGGGGACCUUCGGGUGGUGGAUAGGGUGGUUAACAAACGGCACCACCGUGUACUAUAAAAAUACCUAUCAAGAAGGCACACACUUCAGUAAGGAAUUUAAUGGCGGUACUAAGGAUCACUUUAUAGCAAAUUGGAUUGGUUUAGACUGAUAGUUUUAUUCAAUAAGCAUAAUAAAUUUACCCUUUUAUUUUUUUUAUGCAGCUGUACACAAUUUUACCUGAUUUUGUGAUGAUGUCUCAAGCAAAGGUGUUCACCGUAGAUGAGUUCGUUUUCCUUUAUUUUUGUAAUCAUGUUCUGGAUUUUAAAAUCAUUUAGUUAAGUUUUUUCACUGUCAUUAUAGUUUUAGUGUUCUUUUUAACUCUGACUAUGGCAGGUACAGAGCCUAAAUAAUAACAUCAGCAUUAAUAAAUAAUUAUACAAAUAUAAACAUUAAUUCUUAAAAAUA